AUGUCUACUCCUACCAACGAGGAAUUGCUCGCCAAGAUCGAGGCGCUUUCAGCCGUGGUGGAGAAGCAAUCGAAGCUCAUUGCCCAAACGGGGAAGCAGCUUAUCGAGAACCAAAUCAAAGAUGUUAAGCUGAAGAUGCUGGCGGAGUCUGGCCCCAAGGUGGACUUGGACGACUACGUGACCAACGACGACAUUGUUCAGCUUGUGGGGGAAUUACAGGCCCAAUUGGAUGCCCUGGAAGAGCGUUCCAUAAGACGUUUGUUCAAUGUCCAGUUGAAGCAGGGCGACGAGAGACCGGUUGCUCCGUUGACCAACAAGGAUGGCGAAGAGCCCGUUGCCGAGAUCAAGUUCCCAGCCACGUAUGACGAGUUUGCCAGCUUGGGCAAACGGAGCGUGGUGGAGUUGGCCACCUUCUACGAGAUCAUCUUGCCGAACCAGCCCGAAAUCGAUGCAUUGGUUGCCAGCGAGGGUGUCGAUGUGCAACAGGCCCAAGCGGCUUUGCUGGCCGAAGUUGCCUUUCCUCUUGACCAGGCAGUCGUGGAUAGCUUCUCCGAGGGCCAAAUUGUAGAGGUCCACGAGGAGUUGGCAAGGUACUUGGGAUUGACUUGGAGGAAGACUAACACAUGGUGA